UCUUAUUUGUUUUUAUUAUUACUUAUAUCUAUUGGAAAUACAAUUCAUUUUACUUUUUUCAUAAGAGAAUGUAUCCAUUACCCCUCUAAACAGUAGGUACCAUGGAUCCACCACUACAAACAUUAGGUCUAGGAUGAUCUUAUUUUUUUUCGAAACUGAACAUAAUUGUGAUUCUGGGACAUGAAAAACGUCAAAAUUUCUACACCUUUUGACGGAUGUGAUAUUCAUUAUUUUUCCAUAUUUCAUAUCUGAUAAAAAAUGUCUUCUAAAGUAUCACGAAUGAAAUCCCUUGAUAAAAGAAGUAUUCAAACGGACAAAUCAAAAAAGUCUAAAACCAGUAAAGUGUCUAUUCAAGAAACAGAUUCACAAUUUGAAGAGGUCAGAGAUGUUCCUCCACAUCCUCUUUCAACAGAUUGUAUAAUUUUGCGGGGAAAAGGACCAGAAAAACUACUUACCGGCGAAAAAAAUCUCAUAGUUCCUCCAUGUUCACCCAGAGGAAAUUUCAUUGUUGAUAGAAGUAUCGAUAGUAUUCCAGUAAAAUUCAACAAUGUCAGUGAUUUGAAUAUUCCAUAUAUUCGUAUAUUGGGUAUUAAAAAAACUAUUGAAAUUCUCGGAGAAUUUUUCGGAUGUACUAUUUACAAGACAAACCUAAUACAAUUUUGGUUCUUGGAUAUGGUGACCGAUUGUCUCUGGAAAUGUCAGGAUGAAUUCAUGCUGGAUGAUACUCAUCAAAGGUUUGUCUUGGAAUGGAUAUUAUAUUUCUUCGAUAUGAUUAGAGAUCCUCUGAGGAAUUUUUCGAGAGGGGAGUUUUUUCGCAUUUUUCGAGAAAUUUUAACACUAGCUGAAGAUCGAAUAGAAUGUGGCGAUGCCUAUUUCGCAAUGCCAGAAGAGCUUUGUACUCUUAAUCAUCAUCCUGAUCAUCAAGUUGACUUUGAUGAAUUGCUUUCUGAUUCCACUGAUUCAAGUCUGUCAUUUGAAGAUAUGAGUAGCAACCAUAGUUUUUUGGUGAUACCAUCAAAUGAGUACCCCGAAUUACCUGAAUUUUAUGAAUUGUCAAUGAAGGAAUGUAAAUGUGAUAUAUCUAUAAGUUCGUCUGUGGAAACUCUAUCAGAGAAGUCGAUAUAUAUCGAAGAAGAAAUCCAAUCUCAAGAUGACUUCCAAUCUAAUACUGAAGCAGAAAUUAUUGAGCCUGAUAUUUCAUACUCUGUUUCUGAGUUCUAUCAACCAGACGCUAAGGUCCAUUCCAGAUUUCUCGACGAAUUAGAUGAAGAAAGCGAAGAAUCCAUUCUUAUGGAUGAAGUUAAUGAUUCAAGUGUUGAAUUCGAAUGGGUGAACGAUGAGAUUAAACCAACAAUGACUGCUGUUGAAAAACCUAAGUCGAUAGCAACCUUGAGCAGCCACGACACAGUUCAUUCUGGUAUGAGAAAAAUAAGAAGCAAUAGUACCAAGUCGAAAACUAAACCAGAGAGGAGGAGUACCCAAGACGACAAUGCUUCUGUUCAAACACUGACGUUCAAAAAAUCUAAACCGAAAGUUUCUAAGCUAGAAAAAAAACUGGGAGAGUGUGAAUUACUUACAGCUUGGUUCGAGUACAAACUAUGGGAACAACGAGGAAAGGAUAUGGCGGAUCCCUCAAAAGGAUGGAAAGCCUUUGAACCUAAAAUAUGUUCGAAUGAUUGUAUAUGCGGCCAGAUGGAAUAUACAUAUGAAGAUUUCGAAAAUGAAGAGUACUUACAAAUAAAACAUGAAUGGCUUCAGUAUAUGAAAAAAUAUAAAAUUACGAACGACCAGGCAGCACACAACGUAUUUAUCAAUUCUUGUCUACUACUGAUCAUCAAGCAAUUCGUUUUUAAAUAUUUCUUCGAAAGCUUUCAGUAUAAGCUUGUCAAGAUGGCGUGUCAAAUAGUUCCAAAUCACCUAUAUGAAAACCUUAAUAGAAAAUGGCUAUUCCCAAAAGAAAAUAGAGAGGAAUUCAAAAGACCAGUUGAAAAGAAACCUAAGCCUCAGAAACCCGUGAAAGAAAAACCACCAAAGAGUAAAGAAACGAAACAAAAAGAUAAAGAGAAAAGUUCUAAAGGAACUGGUAAAACCGAAAAACAGCCCAAAAUCAAACCAGAAAAACCCCAUAAACCAACAAAAGAGGAAAAAGACGAAAUGAAACGAUUACAAGAAGAAGAAGAACAAAGGAUAAGAGAUCAAAUAGCAGCUGAAGAAAAUCGAAGAUUCAUAUUCCCGUUAACUUUGGCAGCGAAUGGUGAAUUCUUCAAGAGUAUUUUCAAGGACUUCGUUGAUUUGUCUGAUGAUAAGGGAAAUAAGGGAAAAGAUCAAAAAAACAAGAAGAAGAAAUAAAUAUUUUUCAACUAUUUGCAUCAUACAUAUUUUAAGUCAAUCCAUCGCUUAAGAUAUUGAUAUUUUUGUUUAAACUGCCUAUGUUUUAAUUGCAAUGUUGAGACUGAUGUCUAAUAUACUUCGCGAAAAAUCAUUGAUUAUUCGAAAAUACAUUCAGAUCAGGAAGAA